UGACGUUUCACAGCAGCACAUACAGCGACAGCAGCAGUAGCCGAUUUCUUACGUAGUUGUCUUUGACGUAACAUCUGGGGUUCCCACGACAACGAUAAACAUGUCCCGCCACAACAAAACACGUUCCCUUACAGCUACAAAAUGAAGGAUUUAUCUGGCUUUGAUAACUAUUGGGAAUAUUUUAGGUAAUUUAAUUACUCAACAAAAAGUAUUUAUAACAGCUUUAGUCAAUUUUUUUUAUAUUUUAGUGUAAAAAUUCGACAUAUUCUACCUCGUCCUCAUGGAGGCUCUUAUGACAUGAAUGAGGAUAACGUGAACAGGAGUUAGCUGGCAACAGAAGACGUUGACAGCGGGAUAAAAGAAGAAGAAAAAGGAGGCAGCAGGAUGAUGAUGUCAGAGAGCGGGGAGAAAAAGAAGUCAUGAGACACGAUAAGAAGUGAAACUGACACCAAAUGUUAGAGGAUAUAAAUAUUUGAGUCCUGGGGCAUUUUGUGUUCUUCAGUUCAUCAGAUAUCCCGAUGAAUCGUUUACAUGAUGGUCUCACAGUAGAUCAUUAUCAUGAAUGACCCUGCCAUUCACACCCAUAUCCUUUACGUUCUUUGUUGUCUGUUGUUGUCAAAAAAGUCUAAUGCCCAGAUCAGUAAUGAUGAAACCAAUCCAUAAAAAUGACAAACACACACCCUGUCAGUGCAUGCUGCUUUACGGUGAUUAGCCCGUCCAUAUGCUCAGGCCAUUAUCUGUUCUAAUCCUAAUCGUCGUUUGACCCAGUGAGAACUCCACUACAGCGGGUAGGUAGACGUCCGAUCCUGCACGCCAUUCACACCUAGUUAACAGGUACAUUUGAAAUGAAAUAAAACAGACUUGUACAAGCUCAUUGUUUACUUUACAGUGCAAAGUACCUGUCCUAAAAGUACCUUAAGUUCUUAACCAAAUACCAUCAUGGAAAGCAGUAAUGCCUGCUUAACCACACACUACACACCCACUAAGGAUUGUCUAACGCUACACCUGCAGCCACGCCCACGGGUAAUGUCACAGCAUUCACACAUCCUGGAGUGCACUUUUGUCUCACUGCAGUGAGUGGUAACAGUGAAAUCACAAAAGGCGGUCAGUUCAAGCAGGUGUUAAAUUGCUUUGAAAUAUAAAUGUCCUAGAUUACGGUUGUUUUAGAGUUAGCAAAGAGGUUUUUUAGAGUCAUUGCAGUGCAGAAAGAUGUAUUUUGUUUCAAGUAAAAGUCAAUCUUGUCCAGCUCUGACCAGUCUUUCUUGGAGAUUUUGUUCUUCUCCCUUCUGGUUGGAGGUACAAGAUAUACGCCCAAUGCUAAGAUCAACAGAAGCAGAUUUUUUGCAUGUUCAUUGUGUAUUAAUGUACUCAAUCUUCUUUAAACCAUGACUGCAUUUCCCAGCAGCAUAAGAACUUUAUUUAUAAAUACCAUUCCAGUGUCAUUUUUAACAGUUACCUGUUUGUAGUCCAUCAGGUUGUGUUUCACUGUCCUAUGUCUUUUUUUUGUGUGUGUUUUCGUCCACUCCUGUAAAUCAAAUUUCCCUAGGGACAAUAAAAGUUUUAAUUUUUAUUAGCUUUAAUAUAAUUAUUGUUAUAUUUAUUUUACAGGGCUGUAUAAAUGAAUUAACCUCCAAAAGGUUUAUGAAAUGAACAGUACAUAAAUUCACAAUAGUCUGAAGUUUAGUUUCCACUCCUUCUGUUGGGUCUAGUUUUGUCCUUGGAGGAUCAAAUAACAUGUGUUGAAGAGGAUUUUAGUAAAAGUAGUGAGCUCUCACUCUGUCUCUGUUUUCAAAUACUAAGAGGGGGACCAAAGGGCCCCAGAACUUAAAGCUUCAGGGACUUCUCUUCAAGGAACUAAAAGGUUCUUGUGGCCCGUAGUAGAGUACGCUCUCUGUGGUUAUUGUGACGACUAAAGCCAUAACCACCAUAACAGAAACACGAAAAUGAAACCAUAUCAAAGAGUGUGUGAACAGAUGUAGCUGUGUUAGGAUGAAACAGUAGAUUUUAAGGAGACAGUUUAAUAUAUCAUACAUUUUAUAGGCAACUAUACCUCAGGACGUGAAUCCUUACAUUUUAGUUUGCUCAGUUUCCCAUGAAAAACAAGUGCAUUAAGUUGUUUUUGUUUUCUUUAGAUAUUGUGUUAUAUCUCCCUAUUUCAGGAAUAAAUUUAAAAAAUGGUUUUCCCGUGAUGACAAGGUAAUUUCAGUCGUUUUCUCAAGAUCUUGAGAGCUUAACUUGUUUUAAGGAGAAAAGACUCAGGAUUUCAGCAGCGUUCAUCUCAAGAUAUCAACAUAAAUCUACAGAAAUCAACUGGAUAUAACCCGCCAUCGUGGCAAUUAACAGUAGAAUAAAAUGUAUGAAUAGUUCGCUUCAGGGUGUGCACUCGUGGCUUUUUAAAUAUGACAUUAUAUAUUGUGAUUUUGUGGUUGAGAGUCUUUAUUUCAAAGAGUUGUCAUGGAAUUUAUGAGACAUAGGCAAGCAUUUAUUGGCUUGUUUUACAGUAAUUUUUUGAAGAGAAAACAGGACAAAAUAGUGGAAAACAAAAAAGUUGCAAAAAGUCGAAGAUGCAAGACUUAUUAGAACUCUUUAAAAAUAAUCUGGUUGCCUCAACUUUCGAGAGAGUAACACCUCCUCACACUGUAAAAUAUCUUUGCUGCACUUGUUAGCUUCCUGGAGUUUCUUUCUCGUCGCCAUGGUAACGCUAGCCUCACCUCACCAGCUACACACUCUGGAUAGUUUAUAACACAAAUAACACAAACACUUUAGAGAUAGAAAACAUAAUGUCCGGGUCAGAGGAGCGGGCUCUGCUGGAGCUUAACCUGCGGAGGGAGACGUGGUGUCAGGUGGAGGUGAACCCCCGUCAGUCCUGGGAGAGGACCGAGAGGAGGCACUACCGGAGUCACCUGAGGACCAGCCCGGUCCUCCUCACGGCGCUGACCGCCGGACCGCAGCGAAGGCCGGCCUGCAGCGAGCGACCUCCCCCGGCGAAGCUGGCGGAGAGGAGGCACUUUGAAGAGAGCUAUAAAUCUCACCUGGUGUAAACGGCGACACCUCGACAGGACCCCAUGAGCUAAUACAACGAGCAGAACAUGAGCCUAAACACUUCAACCUUCAGUAUUUUAUUUCCAUGCACAGAGAACAUAAUACAUCAUGAUACAUGACUAAUAAUACCCAAAGGACAAACAUGUCAUCACAUAACUUAAUUUAAACAAUCGCUGUAUUUAUUUCCUUGUUGUUACCUGUUUCUAAAAAGCACCUCGUACUGUCUGUUCCUGUUAAACUUGAAAUCCUGUUGGCCUUAAUAAAUGUGACUCAAAAACAGAA